AUGGCGGCUACUAACACUGUUGCUACGACACACUCUGCGGAUUCAGCUUCAGCCGAUGAAGCUACGGCAAAAGCUUUGCAAAAGCGCUAUGAAGGGUUGAUGAUGGUUCGAAACAAAGCCAUAAAGGGAAAAGGGGCUUGGUAUUGGGCACACUUGCAGCCUUUGUUGGUUACCAACACCGAAACGGGACUCCCCAAAGCGGUGAAGCUGCGUUGUUCAUUAUGCGACGCCGUUUUCUCAGCCUCAAACCCUUCUCGAACGGCUUCUGAGCAUCUAAAGCGUGGAACUUGCCCCAAUUUCAAUUCUGGGGCCAACGCCAAACCCAUUUCCUCUGUCUCGCCGGGGAGUGCCGUUGCUAUGGUGUCGUCGUCGUCGGUGCACCACAACCACCACCGCAAGAGGAGCUCUCCGACGGGUUCUUCGUACCACGUUCCGCAGCUUUCCGUGGUGGAUCCGUCGCGAUUUGGGUUGCCGGAGCAACCGCAUUUGAUGUUGUCUGGUGGGAAGGAGGACUUGGGAGCUUUGGCUAUGUUGGAAGACAGUGUUAAGAAGCUUAAGAGUCCUAAAACUUCACCUGGGGUUGCUCUUAGCAAGAACCAGAUUGAUAGCGCGGUUGAUUAUCUCGCUGAUUGGGUGUAUGAGUCGUGUGGUUCCGUGUCUUUCUCGAGCUUGGACCACCCAAAGUUCAGAGCUUUUCUUAACCAGGUUGGUUUGCCAACGGUUUUUCCUAGAGAGUUCACUGGUACUAGAUUGGAUGCUAAGUUUGAGGAAUCCAAGGCUGAGUCAGAAGCGCGGAUUAGAGAUGCCAUGUUCUUUCAAAUUGCCUCAGAUGGGUGGAAAUCAAAGAAUUAUGGGGCUUAUGGUGAUGAAAAUUUGGUGAAUUUGACAGUGAAUCUUCCCAAUGGGACCAGUUUGUACAGAAGGGCUGUGUUUGUUGCUGGUUCUGCUCCUUCUAAGUAUGCAGAGGAGGUUUUGAGGGAGACAAUUACUGGCAUUUGCGGGAAUUUUGUUCAACAAUGUGUUGGGAUAGUUGCAGACAGGUUCAACGCCAAGGCUUUGAAAAAUUUAGAGAAUCAGAAUCAUUGGAUGGUUAAUCUUUCUUGUCAGUAUCAAGGCUUCAAUAGUUUAAUCAAGGACUUCACCAAGGAACUUCCCUUGUUCAGGACUGUGACCGAGAAUUGUCUCAAGCUCGCGAAUUUUGUCAAUUACAGGUCUCAGGUUCGGAAUAGUUUUCACAAGUACCAACUGCAAGAGUACGGGCACGCUUGGUUACUUCGAGUGCCAUUGCGAGAGUUUGAGAAUUUUAACUUUGGUCCUGUAUAUACAAUGAUGGAGGAUACAUUGAAUUCGGUUCGCGCUUUGCAGUUGGUUCUGCUUGAUGAAUCAUUCAAGAUGGUAUCCAUUGAAGACAAGAAUGCUAGAGAAGUUGGGGACAUGAUUCGAGAUGUGGGUUUUUGGAAUGAUUUAGAAGCAGUGCACAUGUUGGUUAAAUUGGUGAAGGACAUGGCUCAUGAGAUUGAGACAGACAAGCCACUUGUUGGCCAAUGCCUUCCACUUUGGGAUGAGUUAAGAGCGAAAGUGAAAGAUUGGAGCUCCAAAUUCCACAUUGCAGAAGGAGCAGUGGAAAAGUUAAUUGAUAGAAGGUUCAAGAAGAACUAUCACCCUGCUUGGGCUGCUGCAUAUAUUCUUGAUCCUCUUUAUUUAGUGAGGGACACUAGUGGCAAGUACCUUCCACCGUUUAAGCACUUAACUUCUGAGCAGGAGAAAGAUGUGGAUAAACUCAUAACCAGGCUUGUUGCAAGAGAUGAAGCACAUAUUGCUCUAAUGGAACUCAUGAAAUGGAGAACAGAAGGUCUUGACCCAGUUUAUGCUCAAGCUGUGCAGAUGAAGGAGAGAGAUCCAGUUACUGGGAAGAUGAGGAUAGCCAAUCCACAAAGCAGUAGACUUGUGUGGGAAACUUAUCUAACUGAAUUCAAGUCCUUAGGAAAAGUUGCAGUGAGGUUAAUAUUCCUUCAUGCAACCUCAUGUGGCCUCAAAUGUAAUUGGUCUUUGAGGAGAUGGGUUUGUGCACAUGGCCACUCCAGGACUGCAUUGGACAAGGUGCAGAAGUUGAUAUUUAUUGCAGCUCAUUCCAGAUUGGAGAGAAGGGAUUUUUCCAGUAAUGAAGACAAGGAUGCAGAGCUAUUUAACCUGGCCAAUACCGAGGAUGAUGUGUUAAACGAGGUUCUUGUUGAUACAUCCUCAGUGUAACAUUUUUUUUUUUACCUCUUUUUCUUUUUGGGUUAAUCAGUUAGGACUUUUAGUUUUUUAGGAUUUAUUGAAUUCUUUCUACUACCCACUUCUUUUUUCAUGU